GAUCACGUGCGCUCCAGGCCCCGCCCCCUCUCCUCCCUCCCGCUCCCUUUGCGGUUCCUGCGGACCCCGCUGCGGCGACACCCGGAGACCCCAAGCUGCGGCGCCCGGCAUGCCGUCUUCUGUGAAGGCGUUGGGUCAAGCCAGGCCCCCGGGUGCCAGUAUGGCCCCCCAGGCCCACUGCUGCUCCCCUGCAGCUGUGCAGAGGCGGCUGCCCAUCCUGGCUUGGCUGCCGGACUACUCCCUGCAGUGGCUGAAGAUGGACUUCAUCGCUGGACUCUCGGUUGGGCUCACAGUCAUUCCCCAGGCGCUGGCCUAUGCUGAGGUGGCUGGACUCCCGCCCCAGUACGGCCUCUACUCUGCCUUCACGGGAUGCUUCGUGUAUUUCUUCUUGGGCACCUCCCGGGAUGUGACGCUGGGCCCAACGGCCAUCAUGUCCCUCCUGGUCUCCUUCUACACUUUCCACGAGCCCGCCUAUGCUGUGCUGCUGGCCUUCCUGUCUGGCUGCAUCCAGUUAGCCAUGGGCUUCCUGCGCUUGGGCUUUCUGCUGGACUUCAUCUCCUGCCCCAUCAUCAAGGGUUUCACAUCCGCUGCCACCAUCACCAUCGGCUUCGGGCAGAUCAAGAACCUCCUGGGACUACAAGAUAUCCCGAGACAGUUUCUCCUGCAAGUGUAUCAGACCUUCCGCAAGGUCGGAGAGACCAGGGUGGGCGAUGCCGUGCUGGGGCUGGUGUGCAUGGUGCUGUUGCUGGUGCUGAAGCUGAUGCGGGACCACGUACCCCCCGUGCACCCCGAGAUGCCCCCGGGCGUGCGGCUCAGCCACGGGCUGGUUUGGACUGCCACCACAGCCCGCAACGCCCUGGUCGUCUCCUUUGCCGCCCUGGUCGCAUACUCCUUCGAGGUGACCGGAUACCAGCCUUUCGUUCUAACGGGGAAGACCACCGAGGGGCUCCCUCCAGUCCGGAUUCCGCCCUUCUCAGUGACCACGGCCAAUGGGACAGUUUCCUUCACCGAGAUGGUACAGGACAUGGGUGCUGGGCUGGCCGUGGUGCCCCUGGUGGGUCUCCUGGAGAGCAUCGCGGUGGCCAAGUCCUUCGCUUCUCAAAAUAAUUACCGCAUCGAUGCCAACCAGGAGCUGCUGGCCAUUGGCCUGACCAACGUGCUGGGCUCCCUCGUCUCUUCCUACCCGGUCACAGGCAGCUUUGGACGGAGUUCUGGUGCUGCUGUCGCUGGACUACCUGACCUCGCUGUUCUGCUACAUCCCCAAGUCGGCGCUGGCUGCCGUCAUCAUCACGGCGGUGGCUCCGCUGUUCGACACCAGGAUCUUCCGGACGCUCUGGCGCGUGAAGAGGCUGGACUUGCUGCCCCUCUGCCUGACGUUCCUGCUCUGCUUCUGGGAGGUCCAGUAUGGCAUCCUGGCCGGGACCCUGGUGUCUGUGCUGAUUCUCCUGCACUCCGUGGCCAGACCCAAGAUGCAGGUGUCAGAAGGGCCGGUGCUGGUCCUGCAGCCAGCCAGCGGUCUGCACUUCCCCGCGGUGGAGGCCCUCCGGGAGGCCUUCCUCACCCGGGCCCUGGAAGGCGUCUAGCCAGGGCUGCAUGCCGCUGCCCGGCCCCUGUGACUGGCUGGCCCCCGUCUCCGCAGCCUCCCCCCCGCGCUGCGCGGUUCUGGAGUGUACGCAUGUCUGCAGCAUCGACUACACCGUGGUGCUGGGGCUCGAGGAGCUCGUGGGGGACUUCCACAGGCACGGCGUCUCCCUCGCCUUCGUCGGCCUGCAGGUUCCUGUCCUCCGUGUCCUGCUGUCCGCUGACCUGAAGGGUGUCCAGUACUUCUCCACCCUGGAAGAGGCAGAGAAAUACUUGAGGCAAGAACCAGGGACCCAGCCCUACAACGUCAGCGAAGACUCCGUUCCGGAGCACAAGAUCGCCCUGCUGAAGGCCUGAUGGGGGUGCUGAUGGGUGUCUGAUGCCUGGGGAGUCUUGUGGAAGGUUCUGGACGCUGUGAUGCCGGAUGCUGCCCUAUAAACGCCUUGGCCCGAGGGCUCUGAGCCGGUGACCCCCGAAGGAGGAAGGAAGCCAUGCAUGCAUCGAGAUCCACAGGUGGGACUCUUUGGCUUUCUUUGGGGUGACUGAAAAAUCACCUCCCUUCUGUUCCCUGUGCGGGAAUCUUUUUCUGAAGAACAGUUUGGAGAGAGCCUUCUAGAAUGACAGACCUGUGAGAAGAAAGGGGCAGGAUUUCCAGCUGGUCCAGGGGAAGGGCCCUCACAGCCCAGCACCUUCCUGGCUACAGGGGGCGGUGGGGUUGGGCAGCUCCGAGGCGGGUUCCAGUCUGGGUGGCGGCGUCUGUCCUGCUGUGGGGAAGGAAACCGACAUGGGCGAAAUGACUUAACGUGUCUGUGAAAGAUAAUUUUGUCGUCAGUGUUUUUUAAAUUAAAAAAGCAAGAGCUUUGGUGUUUUUGUAAAAACCGUAAAUGCUUAUUGUAAAACGUACAGGAAAUCCUCUCUUCCAUCCACUUGAGUGGCAGUCCAGGCCCCCUCCCCCCCACCCCGUCUGUACGUCAGCAUGUGGGGGUGUGUCCCCAGCUGCGUGUGGAUGGGGUCAUUGCAUACAUGGUGCUCUGUGACCCACACUUUCAUGCAGUCCUUGCUGUGAAUGACUCAUUGUGAUAAUAAAUAGAGAAUAUGUGA